GAAAGGAGAAAAACAAAAAUGAUGGAAACAUCAGAUAUACUUCUGCUUCUUUUGUCACUAAUCAUCUCCCUUUUAUUCUUACACGUAACAAAACUCCGGAGAAGAAAUUCUCAAAUUCCCAACCAAAUUCUCGAUGCUGAAGGUCAAAUUAAAGGUAAUAAUAACCUUCCCCCGGGAAACACGGGCUGGCCUUUCUUCGGCGAAAGCCUAGAUUUCUUCUCAAAUUUCCAACACCAAACCCCUCAAAAUUUCGUCCUGGAAAGGUGUCGAAAAUAUUCUUCCAAGAUAUUCAAGACAUCAAUACUAGGCGAGAAAGUGGUAGUGUUUUCCGGUGCGGAAGGGAACAGAUUCGUGUUCUCGAACCAGAAAACGCUGCUCAAACACUGGUACGCCGCCUCGGUGGCCAAACUGUUUGGUAAGAACAGUAAGGUCAUGAACGAUAAUGAACAGACACAAAUGGGACGCAAGUUCCUCUCGUCCAUCCUAAAGGGUGACGCACUUAAAUCCUACGUGGUAAUUUUCGACGCCACCAUAAAGGAAUUACUAUCGCAAUUCGAUGAGAACUCUGAAAACGGGCAAAUGAUGAUGAUGAAUGAUCAUCAGAUUCGCGAAAAGUUGGCGGAAAAGUACACGAUCACAUCCGCCUGCAAGAUAUUUUUAGGGAUGGAGAGCAACGUGGAAAAGAUCAAUGCACAUGAACAAAGUAUCAAGGUGAUGUUAAAUGGCCUCUUUUCGUUGCCUGUCAAUCUUCCAGGUUUCGCGUUGAAUCGCGCGAUCAACGAAUCCAAAGCAUUGCUCAAAGAGAUUGAGACAAUGAUUAGGGAAAGGAAGAACAUGAUUGAUGAUGCAAAAUGUUCCAAUAAUGUUGUAAAUGAUUUAUUGAGUGAAAUGAUUCAACCGACAGAUGGUGGCUAUAGCAAAGUUGUCCAUGACGUGGGAACCGCUCUGCUAGGCUUACUUGCGGCAAGCUAUUUGGGAAUACGUAUCACAGCUAUCAAUGUUUUGAAACAUCUUGCCGAAUUUCCAGAAAUUUACGACCUGGUCUUGAAAGAGCAAGAAGAAAUUGCAAGUUCCAAAUCAACGGAAACAAUCACGUGGGAAGAUGUGAGAAAAAUGAAGUAUUCAUGGAACGUUGUAUGUGAAACCUUGAGGCUAGCACCAACAUCGAUCGGAGGAUUUAAGGAAGUCAUGAUGAAUUUUGACUAUGAAGGAUAUAUGAUUCCGAAAGGAUGGAAGAUUCACUGGAACACAAAUGCAACACAUUGGAACCCGGAGUACUUUCCAAAUCCUGAGAAGUUUGAUCCGUCAAGGUUUGAAGGGGAUGGACCAAUACCUUAUACCUACGUGCCCUUCGGAGGAGGCCUUCAUACGUGUCCUGCGAAUGAGUUCACAAAGUUUGCAAUAUUGAUUUUUCUACACAAUGUGGUGAUUUCUUCAGGUGGAAAAAGAAAAUUCUCGAUGGCGUGAUGGCAUUUUCAUUGAUGUACUCUCAUAGUUAUGUAAUUUCUCUAUAUCUAUUAAACGAGUGAAUAACACUUGUCCUGUAUACGGUUCGCUCCUUCCAUGUUGGGAGGAAUGUGUUAAAACAAGUGAAUAUUUGUACCUCGCGGAGAGAAUGUUGAAAUCAUAAACAAAACAUAAGAUUGAUGUAAUUUAGUAAAUCUCUAUUCCUAAGAGGCUAAGACUAUGUUAGGUAAUCAUCUGGUACAGUCAGUCAAUCUAUUUAAUAAAUGAA